AAUAAAGCAAUCUCUUCCUGAUCCCUGUCCGGCUGCUAUUGGCUCUCAGCUAGGCGGACCCGAUAUUUCGAUAACAGUUUCUGGCACCCCAGAUGGGACCCUCCUAGCUCGGACAUUGGACUCUGGCCGGCUGCGGCAAACUGGGAACGGCGCCAACGGAGUGUUUAACCCCUCUUUCUCUGCUUCACUGCGGCCCCUGGGGUUCGUGCUCUGAUAAGUCAGCUCCGGACAUUAAGAAGCGAUUGCAGCAACUCGAAGGUGCUGAGGGAAAAUCCCUGGAAGAACUGGUAAGCAUGGCCACCCGUGUAUAUCAUACAAGAAAAAAGUUCAGGAAACCAAACAGGUGAGGAUGCUAGCGGCCCUUAUAAACACAAAAAAAUGAGAAGCAAGAAGGGUGGCGGGGACACCCCAAGUGGCAACCAAAAACAUAUCACGGGGGGGCCCCGAGUCGCGCCAAUGAUAUGUGUAACUACUGUAAGCAGCUUGGUCACUGAAAGAGAAAGUGUCCAAACCAAUGUACCGGACGCCAGCCCCGUCGCCCAGACCGACCUCAGCAACAGAUGGCUGUGGAGAGAACAGACGCUGUUAAUAGUGAGGAAUGACGGCGACCCAGGGGUCCUCUUGUUACCUAUUCCAAUGACUUUACCACCUAUGUUUGUUCCUCCACAGACCCCCAGGUUCGCCUAACUUUGGGAGGAACCGCUUAUUCUUGUCUUUUGGAUUCAGGGGCUGCCCUUUCUACUCUUACUGCCAAGCCAAAAAGAGGAAGUCUCACAGAUAAGAGCAUUCCGGUAAUGGGUAUAGGCGGAAAGCCAUUUGACUGUCCUGUAUUACAGGAGGCUACUGUAGAAAUCUCUGGGGUCUCCGCCUUCCAUGCCUUUUUGCUAGCUCCUGACUCUCCAGUUAAUUUCUUGGGCAGAGAUCUGUUGUGUAAACUGCGUGCUCAGAUUUUCUUUUCAAAUAACAAAAUCAUCCUGCGGUUGCCUCAAAAGCAACUUCCUCAGCUAUGUGCCGCAUUAACCCAGGCUUCAGAGGACCCGAUCCUGCCUACAGGCCUGAUCCUACCCGAACGACUCAGGCAGGAGGUACAAGCCUCCCUAUGGGGUACUUCAAAAGCAGACUUGGGCACUCUCUGAACAGAACCAGUAUACAUAACUCUGAAGUCAGGCAUUAAAAUUCCUUGGAUUCGUCAGUAUCCCAUCCCCCGAGAAGCUCUGCUUGGCCUCCCGAAUCUUAUCACAACAUUCCUGUGGUUGGGAGUGCUAGUUCGCACCAAGUCUCCUUUCAACACCCCCAUUCUGACAGUCAGAAAACCUGACAUGGAUUCAGAUGGAAAACCGGUAUACCGAUUUGUCCAGGACUUGCGUGCAGUAAAUAAAGUCGUCCAGGCUAGACACAACGUGAUACCUAACCCUCACACUAUCCUGACUGCCAUUCCAGCAGGUACUGCUUGCUAUUCGGUAAUAGACUUGUGUAAUGCCUUUUUCAGUAUUCCCUUAGAUCGAGACAACUGGAAUAUUUUCGCAUUUACAUGGACGGAUCCAGAGACCGGGAAAGCAGAACAGCUGACCUGGACUCGACUACCGCAAAAAUAUGUUAAGUCACCAACCAUUUUCUCCUCUAUCCUGGCACGCGAUUUAGCUGAUAUUAGCCUAGCGGGAGGGUCUACGUAUCUCUUGUAUGUGGAUGACGUUCUGGUUUGCUCUCCGGAUCAGGUAACAUGCGAAAUGGACACUAUUUACUUGCUAAACUGCUUGGCAGAGAAAGGACAUAAAGUAUCUCCUUCUAAGCUGCAGUUUGCCAAAGACAAGGUAACCUAUCUUGGUCAUGUGCUCACCCCGGGGCAUCCAGUACCCGUAUCCAGUCAAUCCUUAAUAUUCCCCGACCAGAGACAAAACGUGAAAUGCGGGGAUUUCUAGGCCUUGCAGGUUUUUGCCAUUCCUGGAUUCCAGGCUUUGGGGAAAUGGCAAAACCCCUUUUUGAGCAGAUCACCCAUAAUGCUGAGGAACCCCUCCACUGGGACUCUGGUGCCGUUAAAGCCUUCCAGGGAAUUAAAACAGCUUUGGCCUCAGCCCCAGCCCUUGGACUCCCUAAUUAUCGAAAACCCUUUGUUUUCUAUGUACAUGAGCGGCUAGGGGUGGCCUCUGGUGUCCUUACUCAGACUUUUGGGCCUAGAGAGCGACCUGUGGCCUAUUAUUCUCAAAAAUUGGAUGCUGUAGCACAAGGCUUUCCUGGCUGCCUCCGAGCAGUGGUUGCUGCUGGUCUCCUGGUGCCCCAAGCAGAAAAGAUUACCUUGGGCCAUCCAAUGACCCUACGGACUCCACACGCAGCCCAACAACUGUUAGUCCAAAAAAGAACUCAACAUUUAACCUCUCAGAGACUAACGCGUUUGGAAGUUUCUUUGUUGUCUAGGACCAACUUAAAAAUUAAGCAAUGCCAUAUCUUGAACCCUGCCACCCUGUUACCUUUCCCGGACAAUGAUCAUGAGCCCUCAUAUGAUUGUCUUCAAGUAGUGCAUCAUCAAGAAAAACCCCGACCAGAUCUUUCAGAUGUGCCCAUUCCGAAUGCUGAACUGGAACUAUACACAGAUGGUUCUGCACGAGUCUUGGAGGGCCAACAGAUAUCCAAAUUUGCAGUGACUACCCAGUUUAAGGUAUUACAGUCUGCACCUCUGGGACCCUCCACCUCAGCCCAGGCAGCAAAAUUAAUAGCCUUCACCCGAGCAUGUGAGUUGGCCGCAGGUCAGUCUGUAAACAUUUAUACUGACUCGAAAUAUGCCUUUGGUGUCUGCCAUGCCACAGGCCAAGUUUGGGCAAAAUACGGGUUUAUUACCUCCAGUGGCACUAAGGUAGCUCAUGGGCCCUUGAUCCUGGAAUUAUUGAAAGCCAUACAUUUGCCAUCUGAAGUUGCCAUCAUCCAUGUUCGGGCCCAUCAAAAGGGAAACAAUCCCACCAUCCAUGGGAACCAAUUGGCUGAUACAGCCUCUAAGAUAGCCUCCCUUCAACCUUUUGUUGCCAACCAAAUGGUGCUCAUGUCCUCUCCCUCAACAACUCCAGUCCCUUUUGUUCCUGAACCAUCAGAGGUUAGUCUCUGGGAAAACAUUGGGGCCACUAAGACACAAAAGGGGGAAUGGCAACUACCUGAUGGGAGAAGAGCCCUGCCCCGAGCUGCUCUGCGACCUGCCCUGCUUAAACUACAUCAAAAAACACAUGGUGAAGCAGAGGCCAUGGCAGCUACUGUAAAUAAACUUUGGUAUGCACCUGGGGUAUUCCCAGAAGCUAAACAAGUCCUUGCUACCUGUAAUAUUUGUGCAAAAUUCAAUCCAAGGGGGGAACCAAAAUGCCCCCCCCCCGGAGCAAGAUUACGGGCAUACAUGCCCUUUGAACGGCUCCAAAUUGACUAUUCAGAGAUGCCUAAGUGCCAAGGCUUCAAGUACCUUCUUGUAAUCGUGUGCCAAAUAACUGGCUGGACCAAAGCAUUCCCAACUAGACGAGCAACUGCCUUGGAAAUGGGAAAAACCUUAUUAAACCAUGUCAUUCCUAGGUUUAGCCCUCCUAGGUCUAUUGACUCUGAUCAAGGGACUCAUUUCAUUGCCCAGAUUAUUCAACACAUUGCUAAGGCCCUAGGUAUUACCUGGCUUUUACAUACUCCUUGGAGACCACCGUCGUCUGGACAAGUAAAAAAAAUGAACCAAACUUUAAAACUUAAACUCUGAAAACUGUGUGCACAGACUGGGUUGAAAUGGCUUCAGGCCCUACCUCUGGCCCUUUUGGCAGUUCAAACUGCCCCUAGAGGCUUUCUCUGUCUCUCACCCUUUGAACUUUUAUUUGGCAGGCCAUACACCAGAUUUGCUGAUCCAGAACCUGUGUCCGACUUAGCUACAUGGGGUGACGAGGAGCUAACCAGAUAUGUUGUUUCCCUCCAAACCAUUCUCAUGU